AUGUCACAACCACUCACCCGCCGCUCUCUUCACCCACAACCAUCGCAACCCUCCACCUAUACUUCAAAAGUCACUGUCGAAUCUGAUGCCGAUGCGCGUCUGAGGGAUCAUCAGUCUGGGCCGCAGAGCCAGCCGUUGACGAAGGCGGCUUUUGGGGGCAGGAAGGGGUCGGCCGCUGGAGGCUCGGGCAAGAUCACAAAGAGGGAGUGGAUCAUGGUGGGGGGGCUGGUGGUCAUUGGGAUGUAUGCGAGACUGUGGAAAAUCGCGACGCCUAGUAGUGUUGUCUUUGAUGAAGUGCACUUUGGAGGGUUUGCGAUGAAGUAUAUCCGGCGCAAGUUCUUUAUGGAUGUGCACCCUCCGCUCGCCAAGCUCUUGAUCACUCUGAGUGCAUGGCUAGGAGGGUUUGAUGGAAAGUUUGAUUUCAAGGAUAUCGGAAAGGACUAUAUCGAGCCUGGAGUCCCUUAUAUCAUCAUGCGACUCUUCCCGGCCCUCCUCGGUAUCGCCCUUAUCCCCCUCACAUUCCUCACCCUCCUCGCUCUCCGUCUUUCCCACACGACAGCUCUCCUCGGCGCCCUCCUCGUCACUUUCGAGAACGCCCUCAUCACCCAAUCCCGAUUGAUCCUCCUCGACUCUUACCUCGUCUUCUUUACUGGCCUGACCACCCUCUUCUGGGUACGUUUCGCCAACGAAGACUCUGAAGGCCGGGCAUUCACCAAGAGCUGGUGGAUCAACCUGUUCUGUACUGGUCUCAGUCUAGGUGCGGUGGUCUCGUGUAAAUGGGUGGGGCUCUUUACGAUCGCCAUGGUCGGAGUUGGAACUAUCAGGCAGCUUUGGCUGCUGUUGGGUAAUCUCAAAGUCACGCCCAGGCAGUACAUUCGACACUUUUCUGCGAGGGUGCUCUGUCUGAUCAUUGUGCCGGUUAUUUUCUACAUGGCCAUGUUCCAGAUCCAUUUCUGGAUCUUGGAUAUGAGUGGUGAUGGGGAUGGAUUCAUGAGCUCCGAGUUCCAGCACACCUUGCAGGGACACGGGAUGGAGGAUACCUAUGCCGAUGUUGGAUUUGGUUCCAAGGUUAGCAUUCGACAUGUCAACACCCAGGGUGGUUAUCUCCACUCUCACCCCCACGCAUACCCCGCUGGAUCCAAACAACAACAAAUCACUCUCUAUCCCCACCGAGACGACAACAACGUCUGGCGAAUCGUCAACGCUUCCUCCCCCGACGGUCCCGCUUCAUUCCCCUGGGACGACCUUCCCUUCGAAGAAGUCCUCACCGGUACCAAGAUCCGUCUGGAGCACGUCACCACCGAAAAACGACUUCACUCGCACGACAUCCGACCCCCAGUCAGCGAGGUCGAGUUCCAGAAUGAAGUUUCUGGCUACGGUUUCCCCGGUUUCGCUGGUGAUGCCAACGACGACUUUAUCGUCGAGAUCACCAAGAAGACGAGGGGGAAGAGCGAUAGGCAGGCCAAGCAUAGGCUGAGGACACUGAGGAGCGAGUUUAGGCUGAGGCAUGCGUUGAGCGGGUGUUAUUUGUUUUCUCACAAGGUCAAGCUUCCCGAGUGGGGGUAUGAGCAGCAGGAGGUUACUUGUAAUAGGAACCCUACUUGGGAGAACUCUUUGUGGUAUAUCGAGACUAACCAGCACGCUCAAUUGCCCUACGAUGCCGAAAAGGUCAACUACCAAAGACCCAGCUUUUUCGAAAAGUUUUUCGAGCUCAACGCCGUCAUGUGGCGCACCAAUGCCGGUUUGACUGAGCGACACGCAUACGACUCUCGACCCCAGCACUGGCCCUGGCUCAGGCGAGGUAUCAACUUUUGGGUCAAGGACCACAAGCAGGUUUACCUGAUCGGUAACCCUGUUGUGUGGUGGAGCAGUACUGCGGCUAUUGCUGCUUAUCUUGCUGUGAGGGCGUUCUUGGUGUUGAGGGCUCAGCGAGGUUAUAGAGAUUUGCAUCAACCCAAGACUGCGUUCUACGACGAAAUCUGCGCGUUCUGCAUCAUCGGCUGGGGGCUCCACUACUUCCCCUUCUUCCUCAUGCAGCGUCAACUCUUCCUGCACCACUACCUCCCCUCCCUCUACUUUGCCGUCCUCCUCCUCUGCACCGUAUUCGACUAUCUCACCUCGACGCUCAAGCCCAAGGUGAGGCUGAAUGUGGCUGCUGUCUUUUUGCUGCUCGCUUUGUGGGCUUGGAAUCACUGGAGCAGUUUGGCGUAUGCUACGGAGUGGACGAAGCAUGGGUGUGAGAAUGGGAAAUGGUUGAAGACUUGGGAUUUCUCUUGUGCCGACUUCCACGACAACCUCGCCAUGUACCAAUCCACCCCCGCCAUGUCUUCCGUCAAGAUCGGCGGCGACCUCGGCCCUGACUCUGCUACCACCACCCUCGUCGAAGAGGUCCCCGAGCCCAUCCAGAACGCUUUCGAAAAAGAAGCCGAGCCCGUGGAGGAAAAGACCCUCGCCCCUGUCGGGCCGGUGCCGGAGGUACAGAUGGAAGAGUCUUCAGCGGUCUUUAUCGCCGAGGGCGAAGAAGCGCCAAAGCAGGAAGAUCUGAGAGCGCCGGUGGGGAAUGAUGCCGGGGAUCCGGCGGUGACGGAGAAGGAUGAAGCUGGUGGAUGGCACGGCGGUGCGGAAGAUGAGGAGAAGGGACAGGAAGAAGAGGAAAAGGUCAAGAUCAAAGAGGCUGAGGCGCCGGUGGGUGCCAAGGUGGAAGUGAAGGAGAUGGAGAUGGAUGCGGAGCAGCAAGAGUUGGUGGAUCAGAUUCUGGAGCAGCAAGAUUAG